AUGCAUAUAGAGAAGAAUGGUUGUGAUGUUCUUAUGGGAAUGCUGAUGAAUAUUCAAAGCAAGACAAAGGACGGAAAGGGUGCACGGGACGAUUUGAAAAAGAUGGGGGUUCGUCCAAAAUUUUGGGUUCAGCAAAGGGUUUUACAUCUCAUGGCGGAUGAUCACUACCGUAUUGGAGUGGAGGAUGUAGAGGAUGAUGAUGAUGAUUCAUCUGGGGUUGGGGACGAGUUGUAUGAUGUGAACAAGGAGCCUAAUUUGGGUGAGGCAGAAGAUCAGGCUCAAGAUGUUUUGGAUCGUAUGCUUGAUGAGUUUGAAAUUGCAGCUGAACAAGCGCCUCCUAUCGAGAAUGCAAUGUCUGAGUCGUUCGGCGAGGACCAAAGUGGAGGGGGGGUGAAGGGACCAGCGCAGAAAAAGCUGAGGGGUCCGACUACAAGUUUCAAGAAACCUGUCGGUCCAAUGGUCUUGGAGUAUGACAGGGUAGGACAACCUACAGGCAAAUGGCGUCGUCAGUAUGCUGUUCAAGUUGGGAUUUGUGCGCGCAAAAUCCCCAUUACUCUUCGUUUGAGCGACGUACCUAUUGGCUUGAUAGACACGUUUUGGAAUGAUACACGGAGUCUAUUUAACAUUCCAAAUGAGUACGCCAAGCGAAGGGUGUUUGAAUCCUUACUUGCGACAAGAUUCAGAGGGUUCAAGACCACCUUAGUUCGUCGGUUUAUCACAAAGAAGCUUGUGAGAAAACCAAAGAACAAGAAAGAAGGUGGCAUGGAUGAAGAAGUCAUCGAUGAAGAGAAACUCCCAUGGCAAAUAUGGCCUAGUGUAUCAAAGGAAGAUUGGGAUGCUUUCGUUCUUCAAAAAAGCAAAAAAGAAGCAAUUGUAAGUUCAAGUAACUCUGAUGACAAUUGCAAGCUCGUCCCAACAGUGGAGAAGGACCCUUUCACCUUGGCUUUAGGAAAGCCCUACCAUCCAGGACGUGUAUUGGGUGCGGGGGGGAGCUUGCUAGGAUGGGAGAAGGUGAUGGGUCCAGAAUAUACCAAAUCAGGGAGAUCCCGGGCAAGUGUGAACUCACCGGUCAACUUGGAUGCUACGGUGGCAUCAAUUAAGGAACAAGUGCGCAACGAGAUGCGAGAAGAUUUCAAUGCAUGGGCAAAGCAAAUGAACUUGCCGAGCUUGCCUUUCUCCUCGACUACAACGGUCGACUCUUAUAGUUACCCACGAAAACAAGGAGAAGAUGAGAUACAUGCAGACGAGGAGGUACAUGAUUACGUGAUUUCUAAUCUAUAA